UGCUGUGAUUGCCAACUUCUUCUCUUCUUAGCUUCACCCCACGCCAUAUAUAUACGCUAGCUCCCUAUAUAUGUACAUAAACCCAAAGAUACGUAACCCGCAUCUUCCAACUCGUAUUCCAAGAUAGGAUCCAACUCGAUCGCACUUUUUGAUCUUCAAGUUUCUUUCGACAUGUCUCUUGUGAGGAAGAUUGAUUGGUUCAAGUUGAAAUCUUGCUUCACAAGUGCUGCAGGCAGAUCACGGAAGGAAAGUGGCAGUAGCUUGUCAAGCAAGUCAAGCAAGUCGAGCGUGAAUGAAGAAUACGUGGAAGCUUUCAGAACACAGUCUUACAUGGAAAUGUGGGAAAAAGUUCAUGGCAAGCUGGGAGGAAGACGCUCUUCAUCAUCUUAUCUUCCUGAUCUCUAUGAGCAUCUCUCCGAGUAUGUACUUGAACCACGGCAAGAAACCCUGGAGGACAUGAUAGAAGGCAUGAAUCUUCAUUCCCUUCUAAUCGACUUUUUCCAAGCCAGCUUAGAAGCGUCUAAAAUGUGUGAAUCAAUCCUUCAAAGCAUCCACCAAACACGCGCUAAUUUUCAGAGAAUCAAAAGGGUUAUCAAGCUAAGCCGCGGAAGCGUUGCAGAUUUCAGUGAUGACCAAUGCAGGGCUAUUUUCAGAGAGCUCUCUGCAUAUGCAGUGUUGAAAAACCCAUUAUCAAACAUCUGCCCUGCAAAGUUUCGUGACAUCCAUGAUAACUACAUGGUGUUGUUCCGUAACCUAACAUCAAAACAUAGAAAGAUUAAAAAGAAGGCAAGAUCUCAGAGAAUUUGGAAGAGGGUUGGGGGGGUUAGUCUUGUUCUUUCAAAUAGUGCUCUUCUGAUUCUGCUGCUAAUCUUAGCAUUCCAUAGCGCGGUGGGGAUUCUAGCAGCGCCAGCACUAAUUGCUUGCUCCUUAGGCGGCGUAUCUGCGAAGAAGAUGAAGGUGGUGAGGUACUGUGGAGGAGGGCAUAAGACAAGAUUGCUUGAAAAACAUGGGGAGCAGAUUGAUGUUGCCGCCAGAGGGGUUUAUAUUCUAAUCAAUGAUUUUGAUACGAUGAGCCGGAUGAUUAGGAGGCUGCAUGACGAGGUAGAGCACCACCAAGCUGCAGCUGCUGUGUGUGUUAAGAAUAGAAAACGUGAAAUACUGAAGGAGGUUGUGAGGGAACUUCAUGCCCAUGAGUCAAGCUUUCUGGAACAAGUAGAAGAGCUUGAAGAACAUAUCUACUUGUGCUUUCUCACAAUCAACAGAUCCAGGAGGCUUGUUUUUCAAGAGAUAAUUGGUAGCACACAAGACAGAUCUUCAUUUUAUGAUGUGGAUCCAUAAGAGUACUGAAAUCUGAGAUGAAAUUCUUCACAAUCUUGUGGAAUAGAUUUCGUCAAUCAGCAACGAAGAUUAUUUAAUUUCGACUGAUAUGUCAACAAUAUAUAUAUUUAAGCCUUUCUUUUGUUUUGUUUGUAAUUUUUU